CCAGAGCCGUGACAUUAGAUCACAGCAAAUCCCACCAAUUCCAUCGCCAUUUCCUCGCCUUCUCCAAUCAUCUCUCUCACAAAUUAAAAAAAAAAAAACAUGGGUUCCCGUUACGAAGCCGAAGUGGUGAUCUCAUCGGCGAAAGACCUCAAGAACAUCAACUGGCGCCACGGCCAGCUCCGCCCUUACGCCGUCGUCUGGGUCGACCCGAACCAGAAAUCGUCCACCCGGGUCGACGAGGAAGGCGACAAUUCCCCCCUGUGGGACCACACCCUCGUCAUCCCGCUCCCGCCGGGCCCGAUCGACGCGCUCACGCUCCACAUCGACGUCGUCCACGCCGGUCGGGAGGAGGACACCAAGCCGCUCAUCGGAUCGGCCAAGCUCCCGCUCCGUGACGUCAUCGACGAGGCCGGCGGUGUCAGCGGGGAGCGGGUCAAGCGAUCGUUGACCCUCAAGCGCCCUUCCGGCAGGCCCCAGGGGAAAGUGGAGGUGAAGGUCGCGGUGAGGGAGCCGAUUUACCAGGCGCCCGACGCGCGCUACGCGCCCCCUUAUGGAUACGGAGUUCCCGGGUCGCGUGACCCUUACGCUCCUGGUCAUCCCGGUUCGCGUGAUCCUUACGCGCCGGGUCCUCCAGCGGGUUACGGGGCGCCAUACGGGGGACCGCCUAAUUACGGGUACGGGGCACCGGUUCCCCAGCCUUACUACGCCGCCGCGGCUCCACCGCCAAGCGGGUACCUGGCGGCGUACGGAAGCGGCGGCGGGUACGGUGCUCCUCCGCCGACUGCGGCGUACGGGCAGCCGAGCUACGGAAGUGGGUACGGGCAGAAUCAAACGGGGUAUGUGCAGGAGGAGAAGAAGAAAGGUAAGUUCGGCGGGAUGGGGGCAGGAUUGGCUGUGGGCGCGGUGGCGGGAGCUCUGGGUGGAAUCGCAUUGGUGGAAGGGUUCGAUGCUUUGGAGGAUAAGAUCGCCGACGACGCGGCGGAGAAGGUGGAGGAUGACUUGGGAUACGACGACGACGAUUUCUAAUUUUUUUUUUUCUGGAUAAAAGGGGAUGUGUGGGGCCGGAGCUUGCGUUGGUUUUACUUGUUCUACCUUGUUAUGUUUGCUCGCCGAUUGUUCUCGAUUCCGGCCGAUGUUUGCCUUUAGCUAAUUGCCUUUUCCUCCAGUAAUUGACUUUUUACAUUUAUCAAAUGGGCAAAGUAGAAACUGAAAUGAAGAUUGACGAUUCUCCUUAGGUAUGAUUGAUGUAGAAUGAGAAUGACUACACUUGCGAUGUUUGUGUCAAGAAUCAGUUAGUGGCACGGAAAAUAAAUUAGAUUUAAGACG